AAUCUUAGGCAGAGCAUGGAGCCCACCCGACACGGGGCUCAAUCCCACGACCCUGGGAUUGCGACCUGAACCAAAAUCAAGAGUUGGACUCUCGACAGACUGAGCUACCCAGGCACCCCAGUGAAUCCUUCUUGAGUCAAUGUCAUAUCUACGUUUAUUUAUUUACUAUUAUUUUUAAAUGUCGUGUCUACUUAAGUUUGUAGGGGCCUUGGCAGUUUUGGGAGCCACCUUGACAUCUUUUUUGUCAUUCUGGAACAUCUUUAUAAUUUGUGGGACCCAGUGCAGGGCCCCUUGUUCAAAAAGUAGUGAGCAUUUCAAGACUGUGAUAGCAGAGGUUUAGACCAAGGGUGGGGCUUCUAGGCCUCAGCUCAUGAAGCCGGCCCUGAUCUACCCAACGAGGGAAGAUACGGUAGAUAGAGCCCAUGAUUUCCUUUUUACAGAUGGCAAAAUGAAGGGCCCAAAGGGCAGUGACCAACCUCAGCUGUGCAGCUGAUCGGAAACAGUUCUGCUCCUGGAGCACGCUGACUGUCUUAUCCUGGCUCAGGGGCCCCCACAGCUUUGAGCCUCAGUUUCCUCCUCUGUGAAAUGGGGGCAUCGACCUGAUCCUAAAAUGGCAGCUAGAACAGCUGCAGGUGAAUCCCUGGACGGUCCCAUCGGGAGCAUCACCUCAGCUUGUGGAUGCCUUCCCCCUAAAGUCACAGAUACAAAGCUCUUCUCUGCUUCUGGGAAGGGCCCGAGUCCUACAGACAGUAGGAGGCUAAUUGGCUUUUGUGGUAGUUGAAGAAAUUAAAGCCCGCAGGAGUGGAAGAAGGCUGGCUUCUCAUCUCUCUUUGAAGGAAUGUGGGCACUUGGGUGGAAGUUUCCCCAGGGAGCCUUGGUAUUUCGAUGCUUUGAUAUCUAGAGGAACGAAAGAGAAUUAAUCGCUAUAGAUGCCCGUUCCCGCAGGGGUAGUCUGAGGGUGGAGGGAGUGGCAGGAGUGGGUGACGGGUCCUCCAUCCGAGGGCCAUUGCUGGUUGAAGAGAGACCCAGACUAGAGGCCAGAGGUUUGAGCAGCAUCUACCUGUAGGGGAGGCUUUGGAAAUCUCACUUUCUCUGGAAAACACGUUUUCCUCGGCCCCUCGGGCUAGUGAGCAUCUCUCUUUGCUGAAAAAGACAGUGGAAGCGGGGUCUCGCUGCUCCCCGAGGUCCUGCACCUCCCUCACAACAGGUUGCUCCAAGUGUUGGCCUCAGAUCUCUGUCCUCACAGCGGGGCUGAAAGCUGGGGGUCCGCCCGUAACCAGGGACUCCGAGGUCAGUGCGCACAGCACAGGAGGUGACCGGGCCGGAGCGGCCGGGCACCACUCCCCAGUGCCCCCGCCUGCCUCUGGCCGUGCUCCUGCCGGGGGAACCUGCAAAGGGCCCGAACGGUGAGGUUGUGUGUCAGGGGGCAAAAGAGGAGAAGGAGAAGGCAGCGUUCUUUGAUUCCUGCAAGAGGUGUGUUUGGGGCCAGUAGACCUGUGGCCAGGCGCUAGGUUGUAAAUGACCCGCAACUGUGUUUUAUGUUGUGUGGGGGGGUGAGUUUAUGUUCACACAUGCAGCUACAGGUGCUCGCCGAGCACAGGACAGACGUAAAUGCGUGUCCGAGCACAGAGCAGGUGGAGCCCGGGCUGUUUGGUGGGUGGGACGCCUUCUCGUGCAGGUUCAGGACUUGCCCAUCAGCUGCCCUGGAGUGACUCACCCCGGUGACAACGUCUCUGAGCACAGCUCUCAGUUGGACUUGGUGACUAACCCAAGGAAGGAGGGUGCGUGGUGACCUGCUUCAGCCGGAAAUGACAGGCGGGCAUUAGCUGCGCUCAGCACCUUAUCCCAGAGCCGUUGGUGCGGGUUCCCUGGGCCGGCCAGACACACAGGGCCGCACCUGCCUAUUUCUCCCCGGCCACAGCCCGCCCUGCGCAGUUGAGCAGCUGUUUGCCUGAAGUUAAUUUCCAGAGGCAGGAGUCCCCAGGGCUGGCCAGGGAAUGAACCGCGAGGGGGCUCCCGGGAAGAGUCCGGAGGACAUGUACAUUCAGCAGAAGGUCCGAGUGCUGCUCAUGCUGAGGAAGAUGGGAUCAAAUCUGACGGCCAGCGAGGAGGAGUUUCUGCGCACCUACGCGGGGGUGGUCAACAGCCAGCUCAGCCAGCUGCCCCAGCACUCCAUCGACCAGGGUGCGGAGGACGUGGUGAUGGCAUUUUCCAGGUCGGAGACGGAGGACCGGAGGCAGUAGCUGUGAACCCCUUGGAACACCCUGGAAGCUGGCAAGGGCCAAGAGAUCUGUGUGGACCUCGGCCAGCCGAGUGGCAGUAGAUCACCUUCCCGAUUCCCCCUGCCCCUACACCCUACCCUACCCCACUCCAGGGUCACUCAGCAGGGCUGGCACCGAAGGAGGCACCGGUGGUGCAGUUACAAUUGGCUUAAAGGGACGGACUCAUGAUUGGCUGCAGGAAGAAACCCUUUUAUUUUUAAAUCUUGACCAACAGAAACCUUUUAUUUUUAUUUCUGACUUUUUUUUUUUUUUUUUUUUUUUUAAUUUGCUCCUCGGUAUAUGGCUUCCCAGGAAGCUCUCCGAGAUCUGGUGCUUUAUUUAGGUCACUUUUUAGGAAUGUGAAGAGGCCCGAUUGGCUGCUUAAACUGGAAAAGGAUUCUGAUUGGCCAGCUAGUGGGAAACGGUGUUUUUUUUUUUUUUUCUUUGAUUGGCUGCAGGUGUUCUGCUGAUAGCAACAGCUUCUCUCUUUUCAAUGCUGAAAACAGGGUUUGGGACAUUGGUUGUUAUAUUUGACUUGAAAAGAAAAAAAAAAAGAAACCAAGUGCGCUUUGCAAUAUUUAUUACACAAAGAGCUUGCUGCUGCUUUCACGUGUUUUGUUUGUGUUUGCAUUUGAUUUGAUUUUGAUAUGUGUGUCUGGUUUCUCAUUGGCUCAUCCGCGACUCCCGUUUCCAGGGGCGCCCCCAGCUCGGCCGCACCGGCGGUGUCUCUCCAGUCCGGGGGUCCACCUGGAGAGUGCAUUUGCUCUAAUGCCCACACCGGGCUCCACUGGCAAGGGGACCUCCGAGGCCCCAUGCAGGGUCUACAGCUGGAAAAGAGGGCCCCCGAGGAGGUUUGUGCUGUCCUGCAGGAGCAGACCAGAGCUUAGAGGUGACCAUUAGCCAGGAUUUAUGUUCAUCACUUCCAUGCGCUGGCACCCGGCCAGGCCCCCUUCUGGGGGGAGCUGUGGGGCUCCCCUCCGCAUGGGGCUGGGCCUCUCUGGCCUGUCCCUGCUGAGUAGAGCAGCGGGUGGCUCUGACCUUUCAGCCGAUCCCUCCAUAUCUACUUCCUGAAGCCUCAUCUGGGGCUCCUCCUGUAAAGGGCAGGAGCUGCUCCUGGCUGUGAGACCCCACAGUGGAGCAGAGGUCUCUGCCCAGGAGCCCGGAACCCCCACAAAGGCCCCAGCUUGGCUCACGAGGCCCGGGAGGCCUUUAGGUCUCCACACCCGGCCCUGACCUUCGCCAGCCAGGCUCCCAGGGUACCUGCCGCUGGGCAGUAGGCCCUGGCCCGGGCUUGGAGUCCUCAUAUCCGACGGAAGGGUCCCUCUCCAUGUCAGCCUGGAACAGACAUUGUUUGCUUCUGAAGUGCCGACUGAGACAGCUGGCCGGGCCUUCGCUGAGCCGGUUCCACCAGGCCGGCCCUCGGCCCGGGUCCCCAGAGACACACGGCAGAGCAGCCGGAUUUGAGGGGCGGUGAGAGCCCCAGGUCUUCCCACCUGCCCUCCUCCUUCCCUCGGGGGGAGCCUGGCCUUCUCCCUGUGUCUCUCACCAGAGUGGAGUCUGGGUGGGGAGGUGGAGGAAGAUGGGGACCUCAGGGACCGGGAGCCUGGACCCUCCCCCGAGACGGUAAAUGGCUGAGGCCCCCGUUUUGCCCCAGGUACCCAGAGCAGGAGAAGAUUCUCAGAGCCAGACUCCCCCUUCUCAGGGCUGGGGCUGUACGGAUCACAGGAGCUGCCCUGGGGCCAUGUGGACGUCUCGUGCUGUGCUGUGAGCCUUGCCCCAGAAGGACUCGCGUGUCACAGCUUAGAUGGCCCUGACCUCCUCCGCACGUGGGCCUGGUUAGCUGACCUGGUUAGGUUAACCUUCAAAGAGCGUCGAUCCCCAGGGAGCGGGGACUAUGGAGGCACCAACAGGGGCCCGAGAGCAUCCUCUUCCAGGAGAGGCAGUUGGCGCAUGUGUGAGCACACACACACUUUCACUUUCAGUGUCCUGCCUCCAGCUGAGCCCCUGGGGAGAGGUCAGCUUUUGCGAGCCCCCUCCCCCCAGGUUAUGACAUCUGUCACCAGGUGCCAGUACCAGGUCGCCAUUUUCCCCCUCUCUGUGUACCUGCAGCUCCCAUAAAGGGUCCGUGUCCAGGCCAGUGGUGUGUCUGUGCCCCAGCCUGUCCUUGUCAAGGUCACAGGGCCUCCCUCUUGUAACAGCAAUGGCCCUGGUCUGUCUUGCCAUCUGAACACGAAAAGUGAAGGUGUUUCUGUGGCUCCAUAUUUCAACUGAAAAUAUAUCUGUUGGAGAAAAAAAAAAUUAACAAUAAAGAUUUUUAAUAGC